CUGUCCCCUCCCCUGGCCAUGACAGAGACUCGUGAGCCAGCUGAGACUGGAGGUUACGCCAGUUUGGAAGAAGAUGAUGAAGACCUUUCUCCAGGCCCCGAGCAUUCCUCUGACUCCGAAUAUACUCUCUCAGAGCCGGAUUCUGAAGAGGAAGAAGAUGAGGAGGAGGAGGAGGAAGAGACCACUGAUGAUCCUGAAUAUGACCCGGGCUACAAGGUGAAGCAGCGCCUUGGUGGGGGCCGGGGUGGCCCGUCCCGCCGGGCCCCCCGUGCGGCCCAGCCCCCAGGCCCCACGGCUCAGCCCUGCCAGCUCUGUGGCCGGUCCCCGCUUGGGGAGGCCCCACCAGGCACCCCACCUUGCCGGCUUUGCUGCCCUGCUGCAGCCCCCCAGGAAGCACCAGCCCCUGAAGGCAGAGCCCUUGGCGAGGAAGAGGAAGAGCCCCCUCGGGCUGGGGAGGGCCGACCAGCUGGCCGAGGGGAGGAGGAGGAGGAAGAGGAGGAGGGCACCUACCACUGUACCGAGUGUGAGGAUUCCUUCGACAACCUUGGGGAGCUGCAUGGCCACUUCAUGCUGCAUGCCCGGGGUGAGGUGUAGGCAAAGCCCCCGGCCAGGGAGCAUGGCAGAUGGGGUGGGGUGGGAGGAGGGCACUGAGGAAGUUGGAGUGGUCACCGCGGUCAUGGGGCUGGGGCACCACGGUCUGUGUUGUUUUAGUGUUAGAUGUGUGAAGGCCAGAAUAAAAGCCGCAUUCUGUGA